AUGAACUAAGUAUAUUUGAUUUCUAUAUUGAUCAUAUCUGCUUAAUGUGCUUCGUUUUUAGAAGAGCAACCAGGAAUGCAGAAUAAAAUUUAUUCAAUAAAGUUGGAAAGAACUUAAUCUUAAGCCAGGAAAUCAUUCUUCGAUUUCAUAACAACAGGGCAACAUUUUAGAUCUAAGAGUGACAUAAUGGAUGAUAUUGCUUUGACAUAAACUACACAGAAGGAGAGCAUAAAAUUAUAUAAUUUUAAAAAUACUUAAUAUACUGGUGAAAUUAGUUUUGGAGCUUAAGAAAAUAAAUUUAAAGUUAUAUUCGAUACUGGAUCAGCUAAUAUUUGGUUGAACUCUGCAAGAUGCAAUGAUUAUGGUUGCAAGAAUCAUAAAUAAUACGAUGGUUAAAAGAGUUUGACUUAUGAGCAUUUAGGCUAUGAUUUAGAUGUUGAGUUUGGAACUGGUGAACUGAUGGGAGAAAUUAAUGCAGACACCGCCUACGUUGGAAAUGUUUAGAUAAGGAAAUAAGAGUUUGCAGAAAUAGUCAGGGAAAAUGGAGAUGUGUUCGCUUAUUCAGAUUUUGAUGGUAUAGUUGGUUUAGCAUAUCCAACAAUGGCUGCCUAUCAUUUUAAUCCAUUAUUUGAUAAUAUCAUGCAAUAAAAAUUGUUGGACAGGAAUGUGUUUUCAUUUUACUUUUCAAGACAAGAAGGCACCAGAACCUCAGAACUAACAUUGGGAGGAUGGAAUUAAGAGCAUUUUGUAGGGGAUUUGCAUUUUCACAAUGUGGCAAACAAGUAUUAUUGGCUUUUGGAAGCAGAAAAUAUAUUGGUUAAUGGAAAGGAUGUAGGAAUAUGUAAGAGAGGAUGCAAGGUGAUAGCUGACACUGGAACAUCAUUAAUAACAGGUCCAUCUGAUGAUUUAUAUGAUGUGAUUGAUGCUCUUAAUAUAGAUGAAAAUUGCAAGAAUGUUAAAGAAUUACCCACCUUAACAUUUGUCCUGGAUGGAAUUCAUUAUGAUCUUGAUGCACAUGAUUACAUUAUGAAGAUAGAUUCAUAUGGAAAUGAAGUUGCAUAUGGAUCUUUUGCAUCUACAGACAGCUUCUUAGAAAUGGGAGCAGGUUGUGAAUGCGUUGGAACAUUUAUGCCACUAGACAUUCCACAUCCUCAAGGACCAGCCUGGAUUUUGGGUGACACUUUCUUAAGCAAAUAUUAUUCAGUUUAUGAUAGAGAUAAUGAUAGGGUUGGAUUUGCAAGAUCAAAAUGA